AUGCGAACGCUCUCUGCUCUCUCGUUGCUCUCGCUUGCAGCACCAUCCUUGUCUCAAGUUGCGUUACCUUCACCCCCGAUCCUACCACCCCCAGCCGCAUCUGGUGCCGUCGCAUCUGCGACCAGUAAACCCAACGCACAAUGGUCAACUCUACUGAACAAUCUACUAUAUUUUUAUGAAGCUCAAAGGAGUGGUAAACUUCCCUCCAGCAAUCGCGUCUCCUGGCGCAACAGCUCCGGACUCAAUGACGGCAGCGACAUUGGUAAAGACCUAACGGGAGGGUACUUUGAUGCUGGAGACUACAUAAAAUGUACAUACCCAUUGUCUUUUGUUCUUACAAGCAUGUGCUGGGGAGCAAUUGAAUUCGGUACCGGGUACGAUGAAGCGAAACAGACGCCGUACUUGGAUGACAUGUUGCGAUGGGGACUCGACUGGAUGAUCAAGGCCCACCCUGAGUCGGGAAGUCUUGUUGUUCAAGUUGGUACAGGUGAUGUCGACAAUAAUUAUUGGGGCAGCGACCAAAACUUUCCUACACCUCGUAUUUCGUAUCUGAUCAAUAGCACCCAUCCCGGCACAGAUGCCGCCGCCGCGGCUUCCGCUGCAUUUUCAACUUGCUCCAUCCUCUAUUCGGGUUCCAAGUCUACUUUUGCCAACUCCGCUCCAGCCUCGCUUGCCGAUACGAAUUACGCUUCCACCUUGUUAAACCACGCGACCCAGCUGUUCUCGCUUGCUGCUAAUUCGACCUUUGCGACCUUUACUUCCACGCUUCCUGCUGUCCGAGAUGUGUACCCUUCGUCUGGAUACAUAGAUGACCUCAUCUUGAGCGCGGUCACAUUGGGAGCAGCAACAAACCAGAGCGCAUAUAUCAACCAGGCAUUAAGCUGGUGGAAAGACUCUGGCCUUUCUGGAUCGGACAACGUUCUCAACUGGGACUCCAAGGGCCCGGCCAUUCCAGUCAUGCUCGCACAACUGGCCAGCGCUCAGCCUCAAAUGCUACCGAGCUCGAGCUCCCUGAGCAACUGGCAGAGCGAGGCCGAAGGUUACCUCGACCGAAUCGUCAACGGCAAGGGACGAGGCUAUCUUACCAACGGCGGGCUACUGUACUACGAUGGCGAUUCGGACUCGGUCAGCUUGAACCCGUCCCUGAAUGCGGCGAUGCUCAUGUUGCAUUACGCACCCCUGGCAACCAGCAGUGAAAAGAGGAAUGCAUACACGUCGUAUGCUCGCGGCCAAAUUGCAUACGCACUGGGCAAGAAUCCAAUGAACGGCAAGUCGCAGUUUAUUCACUCCCAUACGUCCGGUGGUUCCGAUAUUACCAAUAUCAACUCUUCGCCUCCCCAAAUGGCCCACGUUCUCUACGGCGCCGUCAUCGGUGGACCCGACAAGAACGACAACUACUUUGAUAUUCGCGAUGACUGGCCCCAGACCGAGGUCGCCCUCGACUACAACGCACCGCUCCUGACUAUUGCUGCAGCAUCGGUCAUGACCGAAGCCGAGGACCCGUAUUUCACUCGCUUGCAAGAAGGCGCGUACGCCAGCGUCAAGCCAAGUGGGAUGCCCUGUGAUGCCAUGUAUCCGUGCAAAGGCGGUCGCGGUGGGCUCAGCCGCGCUGGAACUAUUGCGCUCGCUGUGGUUCUCAGUAUUGUGGGCCUUUUGAUCAUUUUGGCGUUUGUGUAUCUCUUCUUGGCCAGCAAGAGGAAAAAGAGCGGGAAAGCAUAA